UCCAAUAUCAGUUUGGACUUUGCCAGUUUCUUGUCGAUCCUUAAUGUGAUUAGUUUACCUGUCACGUAUUUAAGAUAGUGAUCGUUCGAAUUUACAUUUUCUGCAGCAAAUUUCAUAAAUUAGUUUCGCUGAUAGUUGGGAAUAAAAGAUAUAUAGAUAGGCAAUUAUGAAUCGCUGGGCAAAUAAAGCCGCAAUGGUUAUUGGUGCUGGAUCCGAUGUUGGCCAAGCAAUUACAGUCGCUCUUUUAAAAAAUGGAAUACACGUGUAUUACGUUGUAGAUACGAAGAGAGACAGAGACAAAAUUAAAGCGGAAUACGAAAAGAUGAAUAAAAAUAUACUUACGAGUAAAUUAGAACUUAUAUAUAAUAUAACGGAUAAUAUCGAAGAAACAUUGAAGAAGGAUGUGAAUAUUCUGAUCAAUAAAAUUGAUACUUUUUGUAUUCAUUUAUCGAUAUAUCAUAAGUUUAUGAAUGAAGCGAUAAAAUCUAUGCGCAGGCGAAAAGUCGAAGGGCACAUUUUCAAUAUCAACAGUGUUUACGGUCAUUUUCUUCCAACUCCUUAUUCUGAUACAUCGGAUAAAAAAGAUACAUUUCUUUUUAAUGGGAUUAUCGUUUCUCAGCAUGCAAGUAUCACUUUGACCCAUCUGAUACGACGUCAAGUAGUGGACGUUGAACCUCCUAUUCGAGUCACGAGCAUUAGUCCCGGUGAUCUGAAAACGGAUAUAAUAAAUGAGUUUAAUUCAAGUUUGAAUGAGUUUAAUUUAAGUUUGAUGCCAAAGGAUGUAGCGGAUGCGAUCAUUUAUGCUCUUAAACUAAAACCGAGAGUUCAGAUUACGGAGCUUACUAUUCAAUCUACCGGAAUACCUCCAUAUUCUUAGCAAUAUGUCCAUCUCUCUUAGCACUUCACUCAAUAGAGUAUAAAGAAAUUUUUUAUUUAAAAUAAAUUUGUAUUGCUCUCUAUUUUUUUGCAUGAAUAUUAAAUUUUAUAUGUAAUUUGUGUGUAUAC